AACUUUUUUUUCUGUCGUGUUUGCAGGAAGGCGGGUUUGAGCACUGGUCUUACUCUGCAGGGAAGUGUACAUCCUGAGCUGGCACACAGCGGAGAACUGACCACUAAAGCCAUCGAACAGUUCGGAGGUGUCAUCGAGGAGCUGCUGAUCAAACACGGCAAGAAGAUCAUUGAUGAACAAUUCGUCCUGAAGAGAGUCGCAGACGUUGCGAUCGACCUCUUCGCCAUGGUGGUGGUCCUGUCCAGAGCCUCUCGCUCUCUGAGUCAGGGCAGCGCCUCGGCUCAGCAUGAGAAGAUGCUGUGUGAGACCUGGUGUGCGGAGGCCCACGAGAGGAUCAUGAGUGACAUCAAGACUCUGCGCUCCAGCGAGUCCAGAAAACUCUUCAAGAACCUGCGAGCCAUCUCCAUGGCCGUGGUGGACAACGGAGGAGUGGUGGCUCCUCACCCUCUGGGUUUCUAACACACUCACAUCCUCAUAUCUGUUUUUUUUUAUUUUACUCUUCUGCAUCUCUAACCGUGUUCAGGGUCACGUACGCCAAACACCAUCAGACUCGACAGUUAGCGCCAUAAGUGCUCCAUCACACAUCGGUAUCUGCUUUUUGUAAUUACGCUUUCGUGUAGUGCGGCUAAAUGAUUCAUAGACUUUAAUCUGAAAUUACAAUGCCAAACUCUACGUUCUGUCAUACUUUGGUUUUUUUUGAUUUUGGCGGCUUUGUGAGCCCGUUUUUAUGUUAUUUAUUUAACUCUGACUCUAGAAUUCGACCUGGAGUUUUAAUUAUGUAAAGUUCGAAUAAUUUAUAUUGGCCAGAAAAAUCACUAUUUCCACGAAUCAUUCAGCCCCACUACCUCCUGCAUCUCAGGCUCUCUCCGCACAGAUACAGAUGGUUUUGCAAACAGAUACUUUUCUCUGCGUUUUGGUCUCUUUUACAUGCAAACCGAGUUUUAGGUCAGUAAAAGGCCUUCUGAGGUGCAGCCAUUUCAAAACUCUGGUUACUGUUUAGCAGUGUGGAGGCGUGAAAUAGAGCAUUUGGGGAAACAAUGACAUCAUCUCAAUUUGCACGUGCCUGUUGUUGCUUUGUUUAAUGAGCAUCAAAAUAGACAACGGGGGACUUCUGGUUUUGUUAGCGCUGCUUGAUUCAAUGAUUCGUUUCCUCUUAAAGUUGCUGCACCACUUCACAGACAAACGGAGGCGUCUGCUGCUGCACUUUCUGGUCAGCGUCAGUGAUUUCAAGCAACAUUAUGUAGUAAUUUGGCUUUUUUAGCUUUCUGUGUUGUACAAAGAUCAUUUAAAAACAUACAUACAGAUACGUAGGAGUGCUGAAAACACACAGUGCUGAAAGCAGGCGGCCGUGGCGCCGUGGAAGGGUUACAGACGCCCUUCUGAAAGCUGGUGUAGUAAUAAUAAUAAUAUAAAAAUGAAAUUUAUUUGUAUACUUUCAUACAAGAAAUGCAGCCCAGUGUGCUUUUACAACAAGCUCAUUUUUAGGUGAAAAAGCUGCAUUGUGUUGCUUUAAAGUGUUGCUUUAAAGUUUUGCAUCAGGCCAGGUCGAAGUCUGUUGUGGAAGAGAGGAAGGAAAACUUUCGCAUGUCCGGAGCAUCAUUUGUGUCUUCAUGUGAGCGUUUCCGUCCUGACGUUGAAGGGAAUUCCAUGUUGUGAGAUCUGUAGUUGUCGUUUUGAAAAAGGUAACGUUAGUCUGAAAACUAAAGAGACUGGCAAAGACGGCGAACGCCAGCGGGUCGUUUUUGCGUUCUUGUAUGGAGUUAUUUUGUAAAACGAAGGUCGUGUGGACAGAAUAUGUUUUUAAACAGAUGUUUUCAAAAAUAUCUGUAUCGGUGUCGACGUAGCCUAAAAGAGCUGAUGACUGCAUGUCCCCAAUGUGUGCGUGGAGCCUUAAAACGAGCGUUUACUUUGGAUCUCAGCCUUCAGGACUGUAGCUGAUUGAAUGAUCUCAUUUAAAAGUUACUUUUGUUGGUGGAAAAAUGAAUGCAUCUUUAGGAUAAAGAGGCCAGUUAAUAGAGGAAGCUGUAAUCUGUUUUUAGUGAUUCUGAUUUAUACACAAAUGACAGUUUUUCCUCUUUGAUUUAUUAUCUAUAUCGUGUUCAAAUGUAUAUAAUGGUGCAGAGUUUCUGUACAAUACGAAUGCCUUUCUGCAUGUUCAGCUCACUCGGUGCUCAUCACGGAAACAUUAAUGUCUGUUGCCUUAGAAACCGGUCCGCAGAUGCUGUUAGAAGUUCCUGUUUUGACUCGAGUCAAACGCAGAGAGCUUUUUUUUUUUUUUAAAGAAAAUGGUGCAAAAAUACUCUAUAUACUAAAUAAUGGCCGUCAUGUUAAAUUCCAAAGUGUUUAUUAUCUCAGUUAAAGGUAGCAGGCGUCAUUAACUGUAAUUAUAGAUAAUGAGACAGCAUACCUGACGCUUUUAAGAAAUAGUUUCUUGUACAAUAAAAGCACUUGGUUGUGUUUAAUCUGCCGUGUCAAAGCAUUAAAGGUCCCACAGUGUAAAAAACAAA